AUGGUCCCGAAGGCCGCCAUUGGUGACUGGCGCCCCUGCAGCGAUUACAGAGCCCUGAACCACGUUACCGAACCGGACUGCUACCCUGUCCUGAAACUUAAGGAUUUCGUCGGCAUCCUAUUUGGCAUAUCUGUGUUUUCGAAGAUCGAACUGGUCUGCGCCUACCACCAAAUGCCUAUCGCUCAGAAUGACGUUUCGAAGACUACCGUUAUCACUCCCUUUGGCCUUUUUGAGUUCCUGAGCAGACCACUUGGACUCCUCAACGUCUCUCGGAACUCCUAG